GUGCGGGGGGGGGGGGGGGGGCUGCGUGGGGAGGGCAUUGGACUCGUAGCAGCGCUGCCAACAGCAAAAGCCGAGGGAAUGGUGGCUGCAAAUUCAGCUCCUUGGGGUAGAAGCUCCCGUGGGUUUUUUGCCUCUCUGCCUCCCCCCCCCCCAACGCUGAGCUCCCUGGGGCCCCUCCACCCCAACCCGGGGCCUCUGAGCACGGCCCUUCCGGAGAGGAAGGGGCCCCUUAUCCCAUCAAUCUCCAAACAAAUGGGGCCCUGGGGGAAAGGGGGGGUGAAGGGGGGGGGCUCAGCACGCUGAGGCGAUGCGUUCGGUGCGGUGUUCUCUGAGCAUCUCGAUUCGGUGCUGAAGAGCAGAGCUCAGAGGAGCGGAGUUCGGCGGAGCCACCCCAGCCCCCCUCCAGGUCCUAGGUGGGGUCACCCACAUCGCGCAGCCCUUCUGCUCUGCCACCACCAACGGAGCUCUGAGCUGCUCCUUCCCUGAGCCCCCGAGAAGCAAAAUGCCAACGCCGGGAGCUUCCCAGCACGCAGCGCAUCCGCCCCAGCCGGACCGCGUGCAUCGCUUUCAGGAGGGCGAUGCCAACCCGUGGCACCCCCGGCGUGGGGCAAAGCGGUGCCCGGUUCCUUUUUGCAAACAGCGAAUCCCGUGGGUCGGUACCUGCUUGGUCUUUGGCCGCCCUCCCGUUGUUGAGAGAGCGCCCACUUAUCAGUGCACGCGCUUCCCUGUUCCCUCCGUGCCUUCCUUCCGAGCGAUUGUUGGUCACGAUGUCUUGUCUGCACUUGUAAGGGAGAUUUCCUGCAAUUGUUCUGCAGGACUUGCAGCCCGAGGCAAAAACGCUCUGCCUAUCAGCCCCCUCCCCAACGCGGGGCAAGGCUGAGCCCCCUCGCUUCCCCUGCGCGCUGCUCCGCUGUUGUCCGCUGAUUAAUUGCUGCCGGGCAUAGGAGCUGCUGUGGGGAUGGAUGCGUGCUGCAUUCCGACCGCUGAGACAGCACCCGGGGGGUUGCGAUGCCCCGACCCCUCAGUGCCGUGCUGUGCCACACUGCUGUGCCACGCUGCACCGUGCCGAUGCCGUCCUGUGCCACUCUGUGCCGCUCUGUGCCAUGCUGUGCCAUGCUGGACUGUGCCGUGCCGUGCCGUGCUGAGCCGCGCAGCACCGCACUGUGCUGCUUUUGUCAUCUUUCCCCAACAAAGAACCCGAGGGUCCCCGCGCAUCGCCGCAGGGACGGGCACAGCGCGUUCCCCUCAGCCCACCCUAUUCCCACGGACUCACAGCUCCGGGGAUCCAUUCCCCACGCCCGCACCGGCCAGCUCGCCCGUGGCUCCGUGCCCCCACAUCCCUCAUGGGACGGCGAUGGAUGCGCUGCGGACCCCCCAGCACUGAGGGCAGCACCUGUCCUCGUCCCCCCCCCUUGCCCUAACGCACCGCCCUCGGGCACACACCGCGUCCCGGGGCCGCCUCAGGAUACGGGGCUGCCGCGCUCAUUUCCUGCGGGGUGGGAGCCCGGAGCGCAGCCCCGCAAGCCCAGAGCAGCUCCCGCAGCCACGCCGCGAGGAUCGCAUCGCGCACCCCGCUUCCAUCAUGGCCGAGGCGACGGCAGCCCCCAGCGAGACACCCACCGCCCCCAGCGAGUACGGCGAGUACCACAACCUGUCGGAGCUGCUCCAUCUCCUCAACUACAGCUACAGCGCCUGCGAGUUCAGCCUGGAUGAGAACGCCAAGCGCGUGGCCGUCUUCGUGCUCUACCUCGCCAUCUUCGUGGUGGGGCUGGUGGAAAACCUCCUGGUGGUCUGGGUGAACUGGCAGACACGCGGCAGCCGGAGCCUGCUGAACCUCUACGUGCUGCACAUGGCCAUCGCCGACCUGGGCGUGCUGCUCUCGCUGCCUGUCUGGAUGCUGGAGGUGAUGCUGGACUACACCUGGCUCUGGGGCAGCUUCCUCUGCCGCUUCACACAUUACUUCUACUUUGCCAACAUGUUUGCCAGCAUCUUCCUCCUCACCUGCCUGAGCGUGGACCGCUACGUCUCGCUGCGCGGCUCCUCGCCCUUCUGGCACCGGCACCAGCACCGUGUGCGCCGCGUCAUCUGUGCCUGUGUCUGGGUCCUGGCAGCAGCCAUCCCCUUCGUGGAGGUGUCCCACAUGCAGCUGGUGAACACCGGGGACCCCAUCUGCAUCUUCAUGGCUCCCUUUGAGACCUACGAUGAGUGGGCACUGGCGGUCAGCUUGGCCACCACCGCCGUGGGGUUCCUCAUCCCGUUCCCCAUCAUUGCAGUGUUCAACGUGCUGACGGCGCGGCUCGUCCGGCGCUCCAAGCCAGAGGGGGGGAAGCACUGCCUGCUCAUCUACACCUACAUUGCAGCCUUCCUGCUCAGCUGGCUGCCUUUCCACGUCCUGCUCACGCUGCUCACCCUCGACGGCACCCACAUCGUCCUGCACUGCUCCUUCGCCCACUUCCUCUACUUCUUCUACGACAUCAUCGACUGCCUCACGCUGCUGCACUGUGUCCUCAACCCCAUCCUCUACAACUUCCUCAGCAAGAGCUUCCGCAGCAAACUCAUCUCGGCCGUGGUCAGGUACGUUCCCAAGGAUGCAGCCGGGCAGAAGGGUGCAGAGGGCUCCUCCUCCUCCACACAGCACUCUGUUGUCAUCGCCAAGGAUGGCGGUGCACCCAGCUAAAAGGGAGUGGGGAACCCACCCGAGGUGGGCGCGGGGCCGGGCAGCUCCCCAUGGGCACGCUGUCCAGUGGGCGUUUUGCUUUCUGGUCAGCCGCCCACCGCGCUCUGAAGGUGAGGGCAAUGUGCCCAACAGGAGGAGUGGAUGUGUCACCUCUGAGCACUAUCAGACCUAUUUAGCCAAAGUAAGAACAAGAGAAAGAGAGCUGUUCCGCUUUCCUAGGGAAAUGCUUGUAGCAAUGGAUGCGUUGCUCGGUGUGCCCUGACCCCACGCAGCCCCACGCACUCUGCAGCCCUCAGCUCACACCUGAACCCCACUGUGGGAUGAGUGCUGCCCUCUCACUCCAACACCAUUUGAGCAGGAUGGGGACAAAAUCCAGUGCUUUAACACAGCACCCAGCACAGAGUCUGGCAUCGCUCAAACGAAGGAGCUGCAGUGCGGGGUGCUGACACAGCACAGCAUUGAACUGCAGCGGGGAGGAACCGCUCAGCACAGCUUUACAAUGCAACACCUUGGACCCAGUGCAGCGGUCUUCAUCCUUAAGACAGCUCUGGGGUGAGAGCUGGGGGUCCCAUCUGCAUUUAGCAGCACUGGACCCCCAUGGGCAAGAAGUCGGAGCAUCCAAAGUCUCUCCCAGCUGCGCUUCUGCUCAGUCACGUGCCGUGUGUGGGUUGGGCCCUGGGCAGGGGAAGGUGAAAGUGCCACCGGAGGGAAUUCAUCCAUCUGAAGGCCUUGAGCUGCCCAAAAAAGUGAAGCAUAAGCAAAUCGGACCGGAUCCAGGGACAGGAUGCUCAAUGCCCCGUGGAGCACAGGGCAGGAUGUGCCGUGGGAGUCCCCGCACACUGAGCAGAGCUCAUUGAACCCCUGGCACAGAGCAGCAGGAGCAGCCCCCCCCACCCCCCCUGCUGCACCCACUGCUCUCCCAUUGCACCCCAGGGCUGGAGCAGUCCCCCAACUCAUUUCCAUUGCAGGAAUGAAGUUGAGCACACAACAGCAAAGCCAGCAGGCACAUGACACAGCCACGCAGCAACGUAUUCCAAUUCCACACACAUGCAUGUUGCUAUAUUUUACUGAUUCAGCCCACUUUGGGGAAAUCUAACACACCUGUGCCCCCUCCAGCCACUCCCUGUGCUGAGCUGCCCCCCGGCCCCCACUCCUGUCUCAUAAAGAAUCUUUUUAAUAAAGAAAUGCAGCACGAGAGGUCAACGUUUUCCGUUUUUAUUAUUCUAAAUAAAAAACCACACUUUGUGCUGAACAAUGGAGUAUAAAAGAACCUGAUGUACAACGAUUUUAGACAUCUACGAUCUGGGGGGGGAGGGGGAGGAAGUUUACAAAAUAUACAAAACUUUACAGCAAAUAGAUAGUAAACACUUAAAUAUCAGGAGGUCAGUACCUACGAUUAACUUAACGAGGAGGUUAGACAGCAACGCGUUCCGCUCUUCUUUCUGCUUUGUUCCUUGAUGGAGAUCCUUCAGGGUGCGCUGCGGGGGGGGAGGGGAGGGCACACGGGGCUGCCCCCCCAGAACCAGUGCCACUGGGGGAGCAGAGCAGAGCAGAGCUCCCUCCCAUCGCGUUUCCACAUGGAAUAAUUCACAGGGAAGGAUUCAACACAGAGACAUUGGGGGUGUGAGUGCUCCACAGCCCCCCCGUGCCCCAAAGCAGCCAGCAGGGAGGGCUCUGUCCCCACGCUCAGUGGUGGGGGUGGGGGGUGGGGUUGCUCUGCCCCAUAGCGUUUCAGUGUAAAACUUCUCUUUUUGGUUUAUGUGCACAAAAGGCUUUUGCUUCACAGCUUGGCCGGAUGCGGGGUGCCCGCAGCUCCGGGGGGGCCUCGAGGCUUUGGGGAUGAGGCGGUCCCCCCCCAGAAUCCAUCCCAGCAGCGGGUAGUCCUUCAGGGAGCAGCACUGCAUGCAUCACCACCGGCUCCUUCCGCAGCACCGGGAUGGGACUGGAGGAUCUACUGUCAGCAGGACGGCCACAAUGGGAGCAAAACAACGGAGUGGUGGGAUGGGGGGAGGACGGGGACGCAUCCCCUCCAUGCUCCGGUAACGGCGCAGCGUGAGCUGGUGCUCUUCAGCGCGCUCCAGGGAGGUAGGUUGGCACCACGAGGGUCACCACCCUCAUUUUACAGAUGAGGAAACUGAGGCAAAGAGGUGAAGUGACUUGCCCAAGGCCACAGCGGAGCGGGGGGGAGCACCCCCGAAUUCCCAGCUCACGGCGCCGGGCCGCUCGAUCCGUUCCAUAUCAGUGUUCUCUGUGCAGAAGCGCAACCCACGGCGGCUCGAAGGCGCUUCCUGUUUGUGAGGUAGUACGAGUUACUGGAGGGCAGCCCCGAUUCACGCUGCCGUGUCCGGGACAUUUGUUCCUCUCCACCUCUACCCCACAGUGGGAUAAUGUGGGAAUGGGGCGGUCCCAUCCUUCCCAGUGUAAACACCGCUGGUGAUGCAGCACUGCGACCUCCGAGCUGCACCCAAAGCCAUGCCGUGCCUGGAACCAUCGGUCCUUCCUUCCUUUUUGCUUUCCUUCUCCUUCCAGCCCGGCACCGUCCCGCUCCAGCUCUGCCCCUCUCUGCUGAGGUCAGAAAGUCGUAGCAGCAUCGGUUUGUGGGUCAGCUCUGACUGUGGGUCGGCCGAGUCAGUGGGCGAAGAGGUUUCAGAACAAAAUCUAGAUUCAAAACCUAGUGAGAAACGCUAAGAACACAAAACUCGGUGGCCUCUAAUGGGAUCAGAGGUAAGUAAACACGACAGACUUCUCGGGAAUAGUGACAUAGCUUACGUGCUGCUGGUUCGUACAGUCUAAAAAGCCUAGCAAGGCCAAAAAAAAAAAAAAAAAAAAAA